AUGGGUGCAAGCAGCAUAUUUCGGUGGACGUUUUCAUUGCAUCAACCACAUCAGUUAAGGUAUGUCUAUUGGGGUGGCAAAUUACCGCUGAAAUGUCUUACCGAACAGAUAAACCUGCAGUUUCCUCAGAACGCCUAUAAUUCAGAAGAUUCAUCGACUGAGACAACUGUAUUGAUUGCAUAUAACGUUCUGAACCACGUCUUCAACCUUUUUGACGAAACUCUUACACCUGUGUCUUGGGACCUCUCAAAGCUGCAUUACUUCAAAAAUAUCCUAUUCCGUCAGACAGGCAAGCUUGAGGAAUGCAUGGAAGGUCAAACAGCUUUCGCUGGGGAUCUGCACUCUUUUGCCGACCGCAGCGAGCUUCUGAAGACGUACUUUGAAAAGAUGGAAAAUGUUUUAAAGGACAAGAACCACAGUGUCUGCGCCUGGGAAAUCGUAAGGAUGCAAGUUAUUCGUAACUUGGAGCAGUUACAUAUGAUGCUUGACAGAGCUGGGAAUCCUUAA